GAUUACAACAACAAGGUGAGUGGAAUAAUUUAUUUUCUUUCUAUUAAUCUAGGGUUCGUCUUCUCUGACUUGCCUUGAUUGAUAAUCAAACGCUAUGUGAUACAUUUAAUCUGAUUUGUGUCGUUAUAUUUUGAUUCAUAGAUUGCAUAUGGAGCCUUCUUCCUCGAUGAAUUCUUCAGACAUCUCGACCAUCUCGGAGAAGAUGGAAUCAAUGUCAAUGACUCACCAUGUUGUCCGUAACAACAAGAGAUUACCACAGUCUAGAUAUUCUCCUUACAUUUUAGGGUCAGUGAUCGCUACUAUUCCUAACACUAAAGAGACUAAUCUUACCAAUGAGAAACAGAAAGAUGAGGCUGAGCGACUCGGAGUUGAGCUCUCGGUAUUUGUGGCUGAAGCAAUGUUCUUAUUAUCUGAUGACCUACGUUCUAUGUUACACUUCUGUGUUCAGAUAAUAUUGAAGUAUAUUAUUACUAGGAACAAAGAAAAGAAGAAUCCCACCCAAGUGGUAAAAAUACUGAUUUAUGUCAUGCUAUAUGUGUUUGAAACAUAUAUCAAACCAAAGAAUGGAGUCUAUCAGGCUGAUGGCAAAUCCACCAAAUUGGAUCUGAUCAAAUCGUCUACCCAGCAUUUUGCUUACGGGGUCAGGAGUUUGGAGCACAUUGUUUUGGUUCUUGAAAAUGGCGGCUCUAUGCCACCGAUUUAUUUUGAACACUACAACCAAGAGCUGAAGAAGCUAGAGGAGAAGUUGAGGUCUUCCAAAGAUGUUUUAGAGGCGAAUGGUUUUGUGGGAGAAGCGAUGAAGUCUAACAUUCUUCAUUUGUGGAAGUCUCUAUUUGUAACACUACCCUUGAUAUUCCCUAGGGUUAGAAUUCAUGAUAUGUUUAGGCCUCUCUUGAACCAAGCAAGGCAGGAUGUUUGCUCUCGUCUUAUUGCUUCUUUACACAUAUGAAUCAGAGUUCCUUUGGAUUGGAUGGUUUUCUUCUAUGUUUUUUGACAGUUAAUACAUAUUGGUGUAUAUAGUUAAGAAUAUAGUUAUAUAGCUUUUUAAGCCUCUCUCAAACGAAGCAAACCGGAAUACUUGCUGUCGUCUUCUUGGUUCUUUACUCAUAUGAAUAAGAGUUUCUUAGAUUGGAUAAUCUUAUUUUUAUUUCAGAAUGUUAUUCGGCUUAUAUUUAUGAAACCAUUACUAUUCAUUUGAUUCUCUUAAUAAAUGUAAGACAAAAGUCAUGAGUUCAAGAAGGUGGUAGUAUCAAGUGGCAUGAAAACUCUACUUAAGAAGCAUCAUUGAGUAUGAUUUGAAUUCACACUAACAAUUUUAAGUUUCUUACAUCUUUUGUUAUAGUAAACUCUAAAUCCGAUGAGAUCAUGGGCAAAGGAGACUGGAAUGAAAGCACGUUUUCCCACCCAAUUAAGAGUUCUGAUCUUGUUUCUUGGCAUGUUGCAAAGAUUGAAAAUUGGGUUUUUAUCUUAAAAUAUAUCUGAU